AUGUCGCAUCUCUCAUCUGGGAUACAAAGUUUGCCGGAUGAACUAGUCAUUGCGAUCCUUCUUCACCUGGAUUGCCGCGGCGUGCUACGCUCUUCGCAAACUUGUCGAAGACUUCAUGCCAUAGUGGCCGCCUCGCAAGCAUUGCAGUAUAUCGUCGAGCUUAGUCUUACCGGCGCGGUAGAUGGUCAACCAGCUUGUCCGCUAAACAUCGGCGAGCGUUUGCAGUUGCUUCGCGCACGAAAGCGAAGGCGCAGAGAGUUUCAGCCAGAGUUGGCUUUAUCUUUUGGCAUAGACUGUCCGACGAAUGACUACGUUUACGACUACGUGGAUGGGAUAUUCGCCAUUCACUACUUCGUCGGAGAUCCCGGAGCCGAGGUUUCGCACCUUGUCGCUUACGACCUGUCGUCGGCAACGGGGAGCGAAACACCGCUCUUUCAUACGCAGCUGGACUUUCUCCUGCUGGACUUCUCCAUCGACCCAUCGCGCGAUCUGAUAGUUUGCGCUGAGCUCAUACCAGAUCACGACAUAAGAGAUAAUGGACCCGAUGUAUACAUCCAUCUGCGCACUUUGAGCUCUGGCGGAAUGAGUCCUCCUGUCGAAGCACGCAGAAGUAGGUUGGAGGUCACAGACGACACGCUGACGGAUCCCGAAGACAUAUCCCUCCAUCUGGCUAGUGAUAUGGCUGCGUACUUCUCCCAAAGUACACUAUACAUCUGGCGUUGGACGACAGGGUCACUCUUGGUCUGCUGGGAGGACCUUCUGUCGCAUCAUGACUGGCUGAACUCGUUCGCCUUCGUAUCUCCCCACUCCUUCGUGAUCACCCAGUCCGGCACGGAGCGUGGUUCCUUACGUCUGUAUGCACUCCCGUCCGACGAUACGGCACCCACGAGCGAGUCCCCGGAAGAUAGGCAAAACACGCGUUUCUAUCUGCCUGAUCUCAAGUCCGCCCACCCUGCCAUCUUAUCUGUGGUCGCAGGACCGUUCAGCACGCCAUGUUCCGCCGCCACAAACCCAGAGGACUCCAUCCUGAUGAUCUUCCUCACGGAUCUCAAUCCUCGCGGUCGUGUCAGAGCGCAAUUAUGCUUCGUCGUUCGCACCAGCCUGUUUGAGCGCAAUCUUCCUUCCGCUCAGCAUAUCAGCUCUAUUACUACCCCGCCUCAACAUAUUCGGAGGCUCAAGUGGACCGACUGGGGACCCGAGAACUCGCGCCUUCUUCCGUACAUCACUGACUCCAUGCAUGCCGCACGCGGUGCCUACGGUUCAAGGAUGUUCCUACCUCUUCAUAGUGACGACAAUCCAGAGGAUGAAAUGGUUCAUACGUACUUCGACUUCGCCGAUACACGCGACCACGUGUUCUUGGAAGCUCGUCAGACAGGAGCAAUGCCGCUGGGUUCUCUUGCUAGGACUACCAAGAUGCGCACGACCUUUAAACGAGAGAUCUCUGGGAGUCACGGUCUGUUCAAGAAGCAUACGGACACACUCUUGCCAUAUCACUCGACGGAGAUGACAUGGACAAAAGGAGAAGAUGAGGUGCUCUUAGGUGACGAGCGGUUCGUGAGGAAGACAUGGCUUUCAACCGGCAAAUUGCAAUUGGACGUCUACGACUUCUGA